GAGUGAAGCUGGAGAUGACAGUCUGUGAGGCAGCUCUACCCUGCUGUGUCCGACCAACGAGCAACAGGUCUGUUAGAGUGAAACUGUGAAUUAGAAGAGCGUAAAGUGAGGUAUUCCUGUUUGGUGUAAGAAAUACACACAGUGCAGAGCACCCGACUGGAUUUAGCAGCCGAGGGAGUUCGUGAUCGCCUCAGAAACAGAGUGAGUACUUGAGUGUUUUCUGGUCUGAAGCGGCUUUGUUAUCAACAGGUGCUAGUUAGUUAGCUGCUAACAUUAGCCUGAUAAUGUUCAGUGCAGUUUAACAGCUCCUGCUAAGUAACAUAUGUUUAGUUUCAGUGUGGGUGUAGUUGAAGAGAUUACAGCAGCUUAAGUGGGUUUAUUUGUAAUAGAAAUGAGGCUAAUGAGAGCUAACAGAGCUCCUGAAGGUUUACUAUGAGAGAGAAGCAGGCUAACCAAAACAGCUAAUGCUCUCAGUUUACGAUAGCUGUCAGUCUGAGCUGUCACAGAAAAUAACCAGAAUACACCCUACAUGGUCAUUACAUUUGUAUAUUAGUUAUACAUUUAUGACAGAAGAGUGUGCGCAGUUUAUAUGUGCCGUUUACACUUUGUUUCACUCAUUAACACUAAGACUUACUCUAUUCCUAAUUUUAGUAACCCCAUUUUUAAACGGCUUUUAUUUAUGAUGGCUAGUUUGUCAGUCGUAAGGUUAGUUCUUACCUGCUUGGAAAGUCAGGCUGACCAAAGAUCUUGAGUUGUAAACAGUACGUGGAGAAGUCUAAUUUAUCUUUACUUGGUAAUUUCUGAUAAAAUAUACAAAUAAAUCCUAAAAAGCGGAAGCUAGAUUUAAUCGUGCCAUGCAAUUAAAACGAAUCUGCAACAAUCAUGAGUUUCUGUAGGUGUUAAUCUUAUCUCUAUUGGAGGAUGGUAUGUAUACUUUAGGCUGAGCAGACACAAGAUAACAACAACAGCACGACUGAGAGCAGUUUCAACAGCUAGACUGUGACUUACCUGACUUUCUUUCUUUAUUUCCUCCCGUUUUUCACUCUAGUUUUAAAUUAGGAUUGUAAAUGUGAGUCAGCAGUUUGUUGUAAACUGCCCCACAGUAUCACAUACUCAAAACUGUGUCUUUGAAAGGAGUCACCUCCUUUGUAAUUUAUCUGGAGUGUUAAAUCAAAGUUAGAAUUUGCAUCUUUAUGACUGGACACAGCGAAAUUAAUUAGCAUUUAACAUUUUAUAAUGUUUACAUCAAACAAACACACUACAUCCCAGGGAUUCUGAACUGCAGUACCUCUAAAAUUUAAAAAUAAUACCUGUUGUAACACAACAGAAACAAAAAUAAACUCCUUGGCAGCUAAUUGAGUUCUUUUGACAAGGUCAUGAACCACAGACCAACUUUUGACAUCUGCUGACAGCAUUGAAAGAAAAGAAAAAUGAAAUGUUCCCCAAAAUAAUGUGUACACAAAAUAAAAAUAUUUAUUCUGAACAAUUUUAAAUAAUCCAAAGAAGUUUGUGGUAGUUUGUGUUUCUACAGAGUGUGUGCUUCCAGUCUGUAUUUUCUCAUUUCUACAUCUAAGUGUCAGUUUGAGCUGCAGAGACUCUGCGUUUGUGAUUAUAGUAGACAAUAUUGUGAUUUGCAGUUGUUAAAUAAUAAGUGGUCCACUUGCUUUGAACAUGCAAAGAGUGAUAGUUUUGGUAUAGGUUUUUCUCAGUUUUGAGCCCACAAAUAUUAACACAGAAAAUCCUUCUGUGCACGUUUGAGUGGAAAGUUCCUGGUACUAUCAGGGCCUGGACGUCCUGAAAAGUUCUUGACGUUGUCAGGAGUUCACAUGUGUAAAGGGUGUGUGUUAGAGGUCUAUGCUGUGUUUCUACGAAGUUUGACUAGAGUGUAAUUGGUAGAUGCAUUUCCACAAACAGACGGAGAACAAUAUGAAUCCGACUCUGGGUCAUAAACAGAUGACUUUAUCUCACAUGGUGACUGGUUACAGUGUCUGUUGGGUUUCAUGCUGUGUGCUUGAGGCUUUUUGAUAAGGCUUUGCUGCCUUUUGUUGUGUGGUGUGUUUUUGGUAAGCUUACAUUCUUGUCUGCUUGAACAAACAUUGUUAGCGUGCCCCUGGGCAAGAAACUAAGAAGAAUUUACCCGAACAAUUUUUGGUAUUUCAGUGUUAGUGACUGUGUUUUUGUGUAGAUUUGAGCAAGACAAGGACCGAAGAAGAGAAACCAUCAUGAUUUGUGAAGCUGGAGGUCAGCAUGGGCAUCAACUGCAAGGAUGUGAGGAUACAACUUUGUUCACCCCUUACCUGCUCUGAUGUGUAGGCUUGAGUGUUGGCUGACAGGUCGUCUUGUGGGAUUAGAAAACAUAUGCAUUUUAGUGGUAGAGAUUCUGGAUGGGAAUUAAGAACAGGUUCAAGAUCAUCUUCCCUGAAUAGUUCUCUCAUCAGUGCUCUCCACUUAGUGUCUUUCAAUACAACAAUGUGACGAAGAGUCAAGGAAGCAAUCAUGGCAGACAGAGGACAGGUACAGUCCAAAUCACUGUCAUAGACAGGAUACUGACUGUUAUGUUUGUAUCCCCCCUCCCUAACUCAGCUCCUCCCAGUGGCGUAAGUCGUUGCGAGGGAGGAGAGAGGGCGUGGAGUGGGUUUAACACAGCCAAGACCUGUUUUCACCAAUCACAUAAGCUCCUCUCCUUGCCUUUAAAUCCGCCACAGGCGAGGCGUAUUACUAUUUUCGUGAAGUAGUCAAAGAGAUCAAGAGAUGUCUGAAGACAGUAAUGCCACAAGAUGGCGACAGAAGGCAGCUCCUCAACAAGUGUCACUGUAAGCGCUGCAUUGGGCGUCCUCCACACUCUCACAUCUGAGCACAGAUGGAUUUGGUGUGUGUAAUGUUGGACCCACUGGUAAGACAAACACCCUUUUCCACAAAUAAAGACACUCACAUAAAGUUGUAUAUUCAAACCUCAUGUGACAAAGGUGGGUUGUGCGCACAGAUCACAACAUUAACUCCAAUAAUGGCAUUAAAAUUGGAACCAUCUGUGCGUAAAUGACGCAUCGCGCUCCAUGGCCUGGCUCUUUCUUUCAUAGAUGUUGGCAUAUAAAAUAAAUUUGCCUCACAAAACUGAAUAUUAUAAUAUCCGUAUGUCGGCUUAAAGUAGAUAACGCAUCUGAGCACUGAAACAAAUCAUCUGUUCAGCCGCCGCAGCAGCAGGACGGUGAGAGGACACGGAGACGUGUCCAGGUCGAGCUGUGCAAGAAAUAAGAGGAAGAGGAAGAAAGGAAAGGAGGGAGACAAAUUACAUAUCUUGUUCACUUCAUCAUGUGUGUCUAUUUACUAGAUAUUUAAUUCAAUUUAAUGCGGUUUCAGCUGUGUUGAUUCGGUCAGGUUGUGUGUCCAAACACGUGCCAAACAGGCUCAUCAGAUUAGAUAUAGAUCAGAAUAUAUCGAUAGAUCUAAAUGUAUGUGCUGACUCAGAUUAAUAGUUGUUGAUGAUUAUUUAUUGCACUGAAAUGUGCCUGACACUGUGGAAACCUGCCGGUGAGGCAUCUGUGACGUAUGCCGAUACGCCGCCGGUCUACCAAAAUACCACUAGACCAGCUGCGCUCCACCUGCGCUAAAAGCUGACCAGGUUUGAAUCAGCGAGCUUUACACGCCAGUGGCAAGCACGAAAAUGUCACUGCGCCCGCUGAUUCUGUCGACACCUCCCCCUGCCAUGCCACCACGCCCAGCUUGGCGGAUCUCGGUUCACCUCCGUGCGCCUCAGUCCAUGAAAAUACCGAACUGGCUGUACGCCGGGCUGCGCCAGACGAAAAUACAACUGCGCGGGGCUCGCCGCCCUCUGUCGCCUCACAGGCUUACACGAAAAUAGAGCCCUGUGUUUUUCUGCUGCAUCCUCAGGCUCUCAUAUCUCACAGUGAAGUUCAGUGUAUUUUCAGAGACUGUAUGAAUCCAAUCCCUCAAAAUUAGAGAAGUCAGUGUGACAAUUUAAGUUUUUUUUUUUGUUUGUUUUUUAGUAAAAUAGUGUCAUUUUGGAUGUUUGCUGCCUAUAUCUGGGUAGGUAUGUCGUCCAAUAGAGGCUGUAUCUGUAAUCAGCUGAUCUGUAAAGGUCUAGUCAGAGACCAGACUUCCCUGCCCAGGCAGAGUACAGCAGAUAAUAAAACUCAUAAAGAUAAAAUUUGUGUUGUUGACACAGUGAACCUCCUUAGUCCUACUUUUUUUUACAUUUUGCAAUCUGCAGAGUUCGAUCAGUAAGCAGAAUAUUGGCAUUUGCAUUAAUAAAAUCUUCUCACUUCUGUCCCUAGAAAGGAUGAGGACUGAGAGCUGGUUCUAAUGAGGACCUAUUUAUCUAAACCUGAAAACUGGUCAUAUUUGAGCUCAUUGAUCUGGUCUCAUUCAAGUCUCCUGGAUCUUGUGGCAUGGCGUUGUGUCUUGUCUGCAUUUAUUGUCUGAUAAAACUCAUGAAUCAAACUGAAUUUUCAGCUAACAGGUAUUGAGCUCAUACAAAUGACUCUAGCAGACUGUACUCCAGGCCUCUCUUAUUGUGGAGGUUUAUCUUGACUGGGUGGGGUGACAUAUUUUGCAUGAUGGCAGAUAUAUUAGUGGUUACCAACAGGUCUAAACUUGAGCCUGAUUUGAAAGGGAGAGGAGGAGGUUCUCUGAUGCAUAAAAGAAGGAAUAUGUAGAUCACUGAGGGCACCAUCACAUCAGUUAUAGGCGGAGUCUUGAGGCUCUUUGCCUUACAGCUGAGGUGCAAAUGCAUGCAAUUCAUUGUGUGUUAAUGCCUCUUUAAAAUCAAUUAUUUGAAUCAGCAGUAAAAAGUGGGGUAGGCAGGACCUGAGUAAGUGCCAGUUUUUGGGAGAAAUCUUGAAUGUAAACUCUACCCCUUCCAACCAGUUUUCCCCUCGGCUCCUCCUCUCCCCUCUCCCCUCCAGCAGGCCCCGCCCACAAACAGGCGUUCCUGCUCGCUCGUAUCAUUUCAAUUAAAUUUAGAUAUAAUGCAGAUAAAUACUUCAGAUAAUUACAAAUGGAGCCCAGUCAACGUGAAAGUAAAAAGCACCGGUGCUACUGUAGAUGCCAAUGAACUACCAGCAAAUACAAUGUUUGCAGGACUUCUACAACUAGGAUAGAGUGACAUAAUCCAGGACCAGAGGUAAACAGUUUAGCGGCACUACAACACGCAGCAGGUCCCGUUUGACAAGAAACACUUCAGUUACAGACACUUGGCUUUCUUUGUUAAAGCGGUUUACCUGUCCAGCAGAAAGGCUACAGGGUCUGUAAGAUCCCGAAGUGUCCCCCAUGGUCUAUGCUUCAUUGAUGUUGACCCGGCUUUUUACCUUUUGUUCAGUCUACCUUCUUUUUCAACGCCCGUUAUUCCACCAUAGUCACCGUUAUAUCCUUCGUUUUUUUGCUUGUGUUGGCAGUCGUGGCCAAACAAGGAUUCAGACAAUUUUCUGUACUUUCUGGUUGGUUUCUACUGUCCAAUAUUGUAGCACACUAACUUUGUUUGGGCUCAUGAAUGACCAGGGGGAACAGCAUCUGCCUCACAACCAAUCAGGUUGGGGGAGGUAUAGAACAGCUUUGUUUACAGUUAGAAAGAGCGGGUCACUUAAAAGAUUUAAAAUGUUGGCUGCACAGACAUAACAAAACACAGCGAUAUUAUGAUAUACCCAAAUGUCAUCAAUAACUAAUAGCUAUUGACUAAUAUUGAAAGCUUUUUUGUAAGUACACCCCCCCCCCCCCAAAAAAAAAAUGCUUUUUGAACAGAAUCCUGCCUACUCCACCUUUAAUUUCAUCAGCUGUCAACACAUCCAAAUUGAUGGUACAUCACAAGAACCAUCAUCCUGAACAGCAACAAGCAGCAGCAACUAUCAAAAGGUGAAGAAGUGAGAAAAACCUGAACAGUCACUGAAUAUAAAAAGUUUCAAUGUUUGCAUCUUGAAUAAUCAGUGCAUCUUGACUUUAGUUGAUAAGAAGUCAGACAUUUAGAGUAGAAAAGUAGAUCACAUGGCUGAUGUGGCUGAUGUAGCUGAUGUAGCAUUGAGCUGAAAGAGUCUGAAUCCUCCCUUCAGAUGGCUCCAGUUGCAGGAUGUGGAGUCAGGUGCAGCUCUGCAGUAUACUGUAUAAGACAGUGUGUAAAUACCCCAGUACGCACAAACUAAACUGACCUUUAGAUAGGCUCCACUGCCAGGUAUGAGGUCACAUCGCUAUGGUGACGGGGUCACAGCUGACUUUUAGAAACGCACUCACACACACUCCGCGAGCUAGUGAAGCAGAGAGGUGAGGACGGGUACAUUUAGGCCACAAGCCAGAAAAAUACAGAAGUCCUCUGUUCUCAGGAAUGCUCUCUCUCUCUCUCUCUCUCUCUCUCUCUCUCUCUCUCUCUCCUUUUUUCUCUUUCUUUUAGCCCACUUACAGAUCAAUAAAUCAGACCAUCAGAGAGGCUUUUUAUGUCACCUGGUGGUCAUAGUCCAUGUCAGGUGAAACUCCGGUGUUUCUGCUUGACUUACAGCCUGAAAAGUCUCAGAAAACACUCGAUAAAGCUGCCUUUAACUUGUGGAGACAAUAGGUGAGAGGUCAUGUCUUCUUAAGCAGAUUUUGUAAAAGCUAGACCUUUUUUAAUCAAUAUAUAAUAUUUAAUAUAUGAACAAUAGUAUAUUUCAUUCUGCAUCUACCUUGACAUGCCUGGAGUGUGUAGUCUGUGGUGCACAGACUGAUGACUGCUUUCAUUACUAGGAACUACUUCAGAGCUGGGAAAAGUCCAGGUUUAUGUCAGAGUUUUCAGCACACUAAAAAAAUCUCAUAUGAAGCCCAUCAGCUGGAUGCAUCCUCUUCUUUUAGUGCUGUGUAAAUUUAAAAAAACUAACGCGGCAUGCAUCUGCUUCCUCCUUCUCUCUGCCUCGCUUUGGCUCAUGCUCUCCCUGUCUGGUACAGGGUGGUACAGACUUUUUGAGUGUGUGCAUGAGUGUGUGUUCUUUAGUGUGCACUGUUUCACGCAAGAGGCAGCUCUGCUUCUGCGCAGUGACAUUCACUGCAUAUACACACACACACACUUGCUGCUCUACUUUGAUUUUUUUUUAGAGUGGCAGGCACACUAAACCUUGUAUCCUAUACUCUCUUUUUAGUGUUGUUUAUUGGACAGGCCAUCAGUGCCCUGAGCAAAUAUUGGGCCUUCUUAUCAGGAGAAACACAUGUGAUCUAUGAGUACAUUGUGCAGCCUUGUGAAUAGAAUGAGAAGUGCAGCAAUUAAACCAGUGAACUUUGUCUAUGAGCUGUUUCUGAUGUUUGAUACAAAAUUUUGAUAUUGCUUGAAGUUAAAACAUCACUUCUGAACCUUAAAGGUGGGGUAAGCAGGAUCUGAGGAAGUGCCAAUUAUUGGGAGAAACCUUGAAUGUAAACAGUACCCCCACCACCACCACCAAUUUUCCUCUCAGCUCCUCCCCUCCCUCUCUGCUCCGGCAAGCCCCGCCCACAGACAGGCAUUCCUGCUCGCUCGUAUCAUAAUGCUGCGUAUCGUAAUGCAGAUAAAUACUUCAGAUAAUUACAAAUGGAGCCCAGUCAACGUGAAAGUAAAAAGCACUGGUGCUACGCCAAUGAACUACCAGCAAAUACAAUGUUUGCAGGACUUCUACAACUAGGAUAGAGUGACAUUUGAAGUUUUGAAGUUUGAAGUUUAUUUCGAUCUGGUCAUAUCCAUUCAAUAUAUACAGUAAAUUACAAGAAAAGAAAACCGGACCGAAAAGGCAUAGGCUGAAGCAAAAGCUUAUUAUCGCCUAUCCUUCUUACUAAAUCAAAAUAUUCAAAACAUCUUAUUCCACACGUUAGAUAGAAAACAAAAACAAAACACAACAACAAAACAAAGAAUAAAAAGAUGACUCAGAAGAAAGAAAAAAAUAAAUAAAAAUAAUAAUAAUCAAAUGAAAUCCAGAAUAUAAAUUAAUCCGUAACCUCAAUCAUUUUUUCUAUAAUUUUCGAUCACCUUGCUUUUAAACAACGAUUUGAAUUUGUGAAUAGUCUGACACGUUUUUAAUUCAUCGUCAAGGGCAUUCGAUAAAUUCUCACCUUUAACCGAAGUACACUGUUCUUUGAUCUUGGUUCUAGUUUUUAUUUUUUCCAUCAAAUGUGUCCCACGGAGCUCAUACCUACAUUCCCUUUUUUUAAACAUAUUGACAAUUUUACACGGCAAUGAAUUAUUAUGUACUUUGUACAUGGUCUGUGCUAUUUUGUAGUCCACCAGGUCCUUAAAUUUUAAUGCUCUUAAUUUAAUGAAUAAUUUAUUUGAUGGUUCUCUGUAAGUUGAAUUGGUGAUAAUCCGUACUGCUCUUUUUUGCAAGAUGAAAAUAGGUUGCGUAUGGGUAGGGUAUGCAUUUCCCCAUAUUUCCAGGCCGUAGGUGAUAUAUGGGACUACAAUUGAGCAAUACAAAAUAUAUAAGGCAUACUGGUUCAAUAAAUCCUUUACCUUGUAAAUUAUGCCCAUUGAUUUAGCAAAUUUUGAUUUAACAUGAUUUAUAUGAGUUUUCCAGUUCAGUCUUUGGUCCAACGUGACACCCAAGAAUUUUGCUUCUGACACUCUUUCAAUUUCUCUACCGUUAAUGCUCAGUUUAACAUCUGUAUCUAUUUUAUGGUUCCCAAAUAUCAUAAAUUUUGUUUUACUUGUAUUUAACGACAAUUUGUUUGCAUCAAACCAUUUUUUAACCAAUUUCAUCUCCUUUUCAACAGUAGAUAUGAUUUCAGAUAAGUGCUCUCCGGAACAAAAAAAGUUAGUGUCAUCUGCGAAAAGGAUGGAGUUCAUAUACUUAGACACAUUACAGAGUUCAUUCAGAUACAGAAUAAAUAACUUUGGACCAAGGACUGACCCUUGUGGGAUGCAGCACUUAACCUUCAACAGUCCAGAAUCCGUUUUACCCAAAGAGACGUAUUGCCAUCUGUCACUUAAAUAAGAACAAAGCCAGGCGUGAGCUACCCCUCUGACACCAUAUUUAAACAUCUUUUGAAGUUAAAGGUCAUGAUCGAUUGUGUCAAACAUAGUCCAGGACCAGAGGUAAACAGUUUAGCGGCAGUACAACACGCAGCAGGUCCCGUUUGACAAGAAACACUUCAGUUACAGACACUUGGCUUUCUUUGUUAAAGCGGUUUACCUGUCCAGAAAAAAGGUUACAGGGUCCGUAUGAUCCUGAAGUGUCCCCCAUGGUCUAUGCUUCAUUGAUGUUGACCCGGCUUUUUACCUUUUGUUCAGUCUACCUUCUUUUUCAACGCCCGUUAUUCCACCAUAGUCACCGUUAUAUCCUUCGUUUUUUUUUCUUGUGUUGGCAGUCGUGGCCAAACAAGGAUUCAGACAAUUUUCUGUACUUUCUGGUUGGUUUCUACUGUCCAAUAUUGUAGCACACUAACUUUGUUUGGGCUCAUGAAUGACCAGGGGGAACAGCAUCUGCCUCACAACCAAUCAGGUUUGGGGGAGGUAUAGAACAGCUUUGUUUACAGUUGGAAAGAGCGGGUCACUUAAAAAAUUUUAAAUGUUGACUGCACAGACAUAACAAAACACAGCGAUAUUAUGAUAUACCCAAAUGUCAUCAAUAACUAAUAGCUAUUAACUAAUAUUGAAAGCUUUUUUGCCAACAGGCUACCAGCAAACACAAUGUUUGCAGGACUUCUACAACUAGGAUAAAGUGACAUAGUCCAGGACCCAAGGUAAACAGUUUAGCAGCGCUACAACACACAGCAGGUCCCGUUUGACAAGAAACACUUCUGUUACAGACACUUGGCUUACUUUGUUAAAGCGGUUUACCUGUCCAGCAGAAAGGUUACAGGGUCUGUAAGAUCCUGAAGCGUCUCCCAUAGCUCUUGUCUGGUCUACCUUCUUUUUAAGCGUCUGUUAUUCUGCCAGAGUCUCCAGUAUUUCCUUUUUUUUCUUGUUUGUGUCGGCAUUCGUGGUUAAAGGAGGAUUCAAACAAUUUUGUCUAUUUUCUGAUUGGUUUCUACUGUCCAAUAAUGUAGCACGCUUUAUUUGGGCUCGUGCACGUUAUUCGAGGACAAGGAGCGAGCCUCACAAUACAAUGGAGCAGCGUCUGCCUCACAACCAAUCAGGUCGGGGAAUGGCUUUGUUUACAGUCAGAAAGAGCGGCCCACUCAAAAAAUUUUAAAUGAUGACUACACAGACAUAAGAGAACACAGCGAUAUCAUUAUAUUACCAAAUGUCAUCAAUAACUAAUAGCUAUUGACUGAUAUUAAAAGCUUUUUUGUAAAUACACCACAAAAAAGAUGCUUCUUUAAAGGAAUCCUGCCUACCCCACCUUUAAAUCUAUAAUUAAUGUAGAAAGUCACUGUAAAUUCAGUGUAUAAGAGUACAAGCUGCACCAGUGCAACCAACACACUAGAAUAAAGUGCAGAAAGAGGGACUAUACUGUUAUGGAGUUUAGCUCACAGGAUGGAGCUUCACCAGCCAAAGCUCUGCUGCAGGCAUGUGCCUUUCAGAGCUGCAGAACGUUAAUGAGACCAUUAACCAGUAUUAAAAAGGGAAAUGCAUUAACAGUAGAAACAGAAAAACUGUCUGGUGGGGACACCCUGAUGCGUCAGCUAAACGUCAGUAUGGGCCCUGCUGUCAGACACUGGCAUGUCUGUAAGUAAAGUGCACUAAUGUCAGGAGCUGAGGUUUAUCUGUAUAGUGUCCUGUCUUUAUCUUCAUCAAUCAGUGUAAAUAUGGGAAAUUGUGUCACCACACUGCCAAUCCACUCCAUCUCUACUGUCUGCUAAAAUCUGAAUUUGAAGUAUUAGAAAGUCAAAAACAAGACUUUGUUUGAAUGCCUGUAGAGUCAAAAAUGAAACUCUUGACGUCAUAUAAAAGACUUACUGGUUAUGUGAAGUUAGGGCUGGGUGAUAUGGGAAAAAGUUUAUCAUGAUAAUUUUUUCAUAUCAGUCAAUAUUAAUAUUACAAUAUAAAAAAACACUCUUAAAUGUUCCCUGUUACUCUUAAAUGAAAUUUAUCAGUGCUUAUUGGUGGCAUGUCUUGUGCAAUUCAAUAAGCUACUGCAUCUAUGAGGUUUUUGUGUCAUUCAUUCAUUCAUUUCGUUCAUUCAUGUUCAUUGGCUAUUCGUAUAGUCUACCAAAACAUGGCAGAAUGCUGACUAUCGAAAAGCAUAUUGACCACGUUUUAUAUUGAUAUUGAGGGAAAUUCAUUUUCGAUAUAUAUCGUUAUCGUUAUAUCGCCCAGCCCCAGUCAUUGAUUGAUGUAUUUUUGGCAUAGAUGGUAGAUUGUCUCAGUCUGCAGCUGGGAAACAGGUUUUAAGUGCUGUAAACUCUACCUCAGGACUGUUUGAUCAAAGUCUGUCCCCCUGAAAGUGCUUCAUUUUUCACUGUAGUUCACUGCAGAUCCUAAAAAAGACAGAUCAGGGGAAAACCUCUAAGAGUCCAGGACAUUAUCUCUUCAUCUCUUGAUUCUUGCCAUGUUUAGCUGACUCAUAUUGCUCGGUAAAGAGCCUAAACAGUGUUAUAACUGCAGUAAAAACAACAGUUUUGUCGAUAUUGUAUACUGCUCUCUCUUAAGAAACCUGCAGUGCACCUGUCAUGGUUUGAACAAACUGGGGCUGGUUUUUGUCUUCCCUGAGUGGAAGUUUUGGCUUUGAUUGUUGCGCAACAUAAAGAAACAAAUUCCACUCUGAGAUAAUCCUCUAGAGUAAACAUCCACACUUCACACACUCUUCAUUCCUGAUUCACCUCAUGCUUCAAUUCACGUCAGUCAGCUGAAGGAGGAAACAGGAAUAAAGGCCUCAUAAAAAAGCACUCGCCACACCCUGUUAUUCAUGUCUGUGUUAGGCUGUUUACUUCCUACCAGACAGAUUUAUUAGUGGUUUUGUUUAUUGUAUGUCUUAUUUCAAACUGUUUGAGGUUUGAAGUAAAUCUGAUAAAUUUCUCUGAAGGGUUGACGGUGUGAUCCUUUCAGGCAUCAUGAGUGAGCUGGAAAGACUCAUAGAAGCAGAUUUUAACAUUCAUCUAUCUAAGUUUGUGCUUUGUCUGAACUAAUCAGCUGAUAGUUUUUAAAGCUUUAGUUUGUUUUAACACCCAGGUUGUAAAGAUUAAAGCUCCUCCGUGAUGUUAAUCCUGUAUUUCUCUGUGAAUGAUGCAAUAGCAGACCAAAAGAAGAAAUGCAGCAGUUAGGCUGACUAACGGAACGUUUACACUGGUGGCAGAUUUUUGAGCUGAACACAAAAAAAACAUGAACGCAUUUUUUCAACUCUCAGCAUCUGGAGUGUAAGAACGACCUCAGUGUUAGCUGUUCUCUGUCGCUGUGCUGACCAAGAUCUCUGCUGAAAUAUUUUAGCUUUUAGAUCACCACCAUAUUUGAUACUGUCACAGCUAUCUCCGACCAAUCAAAAUCAAAGAGGGAUGGGGCUUCUCACAUUAACUUUAUGAUCAACAAGCAGAGUUCAAGCAGAGUUUUGAAGCCUAUCGGCGGUGGUCACCAUAUUGGUGUAAUGCUGAUUCAACCUACUGGAGGAGGGGCCUUUAGCCUCCUCUCAAAUGGUUACAGUGCUCCUGCCAGUCAAGUCAGCCGUGCUUCUGAAACCAAUGUGUUAGAAAAACAUUUGUUUUGUUCUGAAGAUGGGUAUGUUCGGCUCAGUGUGUACGUGGUUUCUGGUACUUCUGCAGAGUCGCAGUUCUAAGCACCUCUGCCUCGGCUUCGUACCUCAGACUAGAGGCUGCUGCUUGCACCUACCUUAGACAUGCUUCUGUCAAUAAUUCUGUUCUUGCUCAGUGCCAGUAAUCCAGUUAAACGGCCUAAUCGAGCUACGACUCUCAAUGUAAACCUGGUGCCAGUCAGAGGUCCUGAGGAGAAACUAACAACCCUUUUGUUUGCUGCCAGUGAAAUGUCCAGGUCUACUGCUGUCAAUGCUAAAAUGCUUAUUUCUGUCAGAUGAUUUUAAUUUCUUUAGUAAUUACUUAAAUUUAUAACUUGCUACUUAACGAUCAGCUUCACUGAAUAGUUAUUUGGUUGCUAACUAAAUGCAAAGACUGAAAGCCUGCUGUUGGAAGUGACUGGAGGUAUUUAUAAAGCAGACAGGUAAACAGAGCAGGAGGUAAACAGACAAACAGCCUGUGGAGAUUGAAAGAGUCCCUUCAUUCAGAGAGCUUUUUGUUCUGGUAGCUUUGCCUUGAACUGUCAUCUUAACAAAACACACAUGCAUACACACAUUCACACACACACUGAUACAUGCACAGCAGGAGGUAAAGUGUAGCAGCAGAUGGUGUGUGUGUGUGUGUGUGUGUGUGUGUGUGUGUGUGUGUGUGUGUGUGUGUGUGUGUGUGUGUGUGUGUGUGUGAGAGAGAGAAAGAGAGACGGGGAGGUUAGGUCAUAGCUCAUCAGAUGUGUGUGUCUCUUCUUCAGAUAAAGUUUGAACUGGUAACUGGUCUGAGGGGUCCAGCAGAAAACAGCUGCAGAUCUUCAUCAGCUGUUCAGCAGGUUUUUCCAGAUAAACUGGGAGUCAAAACUUAAUCAGCGUUUCCACCAGGAUGCAUUCAGCAGAAAACGCUGAUCUGAGGACAGCUCUAUUCAGGCAUCACAUGUCAGGUUCUGCUUCAGCAUUAUACUAUGUUUGGAUAAAUGCGUUUAAAGUGUUGUCAGUUACAUCUAAACAUUAUAAUAUUGUAGUUAAGCUGUCAGGGAUCGGUGUUUUAAAACUACACAGAUUUAAAGCUCACAUUGAAUUACACAAAUUUAAGUUACACAACUUCUUUACAAUAUGAUAUCGGUUUGUGUAUGAAAUCAGGGACAGACACUUAAAAAAAAAACACAAAAAAAUGCAUGAUGAAAAGUUUUGUAGUCAUCUUGCAUAUGUUGAAGAGCUUUAAAAUAGGGACAGAGACAGGCCGGUAAAGUAUUGGUGUGUAAAUACAAGGGAUGGGAGAAAAAUUGUUACAGCAUAGUAUCAGGAUAUUUUGUCUGGUGAUCUAUUGAUCUUCUCGUUUACGAAGUAUCGAUUUUGUCAAAUUAAUUGUUAAUAUGAAGUCAAAUCUAUGAUAAUGGAAAAAUAAAAUCAAUUGUUUGUACAGUGAGGUCUGUAGAGGUGACAUCGUAGAGCAGGAAAAAGUUAGUACAACAACUAAAGCAGAACCUGGGGAGGGACGUUAGUAAUCAAAGCAGGGCACAUGAUGGACCUGACAUAUGAGGUUUGCAAGAUAUAUGAAAAUAAAAAUACUGUGUAAAUGAGACAAACAUAAAGUAAAGACAAAUGCUGAAUUAGAUAAACAGUUGAAAAAUUUUGUAUAAAUUCCAAUAUCUUGUAUCGCAAUGCUCAGUGUAUCGCAAAAUUUUAUAAUUGCAAGUAGAUCAGUAGAUCAGCUGGAGAUGUUUGGGGUGGAGAUAUUAAUUCCUCACAUUUGCAAUACAAAUAGAAGAAUGGGACGAUCCUGGUGUUAAGACAAGUUCAGUCCCAAACCCUUCGGUCUCAUGCAGCCAGUCUGCCCCCCCAACAGGCAUUUAGACUUUAUCAGUCCCACAGAGUUUCAAUAAGAAGUGUAAAUCAGGAUUUGCUUCAAUGUAAUGUUUUUCAAAUGCCAGUUAAGCUCGCAGCUGAGCUGUUGUUAUGCUGUGAAAGUUAACUUUGCUAUGACUGGUGGUCUGUAGAUUACAGUUUUCCAGCAGCCAAUGCUGACACUGAUAAUGAGAGUGUGUCAGCUCAAGUCAAGGACAGUCAAGUUCAACUUCCCUCUUUAACUGGCCUGUUACUGUACUUGAGGAAGUAUUCAGGCUGGUUGUAAUGAUGGUAUCGGUAUCAAGCAGCUCUACAACACAUGUAAAACUUCCCAAGGCCUAAUCUGUCUCAGAAUCUUGUUAGUUUAUAGAUUGAACUGUUUGCUGUUUGAGUUUAAGAGUUUUACCACCCAGGGGGCCUGUUUAUCCACAUCCUGGAUUAAGCUUGCAUUUACACUGUCUUCAAGGUGCUUCAAGUUAGCGUGUCCAGUUGGUUAUUAUCAGGUCUAUUUUAGUGUCUGGUACCUCCUCAGGAUGGUGUUCGGUGCUUUGUUUUCCCUUGCUCGAUGCCCUGAAUGAGCCUCAGUUUGAUCCUGGCUGUGUUUCUGUCCCUCCCUCAGCAUGUGUCAGCAGUCUAAUGUUUGUUGUUGUAGGAGAAAGGUUAGCUCUCCAGACGAGCUGCUUAAAUCCUCAUGCACUUACCUUGGACGUUAGCUCCUCAGACUGCAGGGUCUUCUUUGUCACUGUUUCAUGGCUCUACUGGCUCUGAAAUAGAGACUUUAUUCCACAGUGUUUUCACUUCCACUCACCUGCUGCUCAGCCAAGGGCCUGUGUGUUGAUUGAGCUUUGACAUACCUUAUUCUGGUGAAUUAACAGGUUUCUCACAGAGAGGAGUCGGAAGCCUUUGACUGCGUAAAGUGGAUUCUUUUAUAGAAAUAACCAAAACAUUCAAACUCUAUUGAGCAAAGACAGAAUUUAAAUUACUGAAAGAGAACAUUUCAUUGCUUUCUGAAAAAAUUGAGACUGAUUUCAAAUUUGACGACAGCAACAUGUUUUAAAACUAACAUUUGGAAUAAGUAAGGGGGGGACAGUUCACAAAAAUCUGGGUUCGGAACUUACCUCUGUUUUGAGGUCACGGCUUGGUGCGGUAAGAAAACAAAAUGCAAAAUAUAAAUGUGCUAUAAAAAAAAUCUUUUCUCCAUCUAAUGUGCAACAGUUAACAGUAAGAGGUUUGACGUGUUGCCAGAAACAUACCUGAUCUCAGAUAAAAAAUGUUGGCAAACCGCUUUGGUUUUAUCAACCUCUCUUUGUUCCUGCUUAUAUUUCACUGGCAAGCCGAAGUGUUCCCAAACGGGAGACCUUAAUGUCCCGGGAGGGUCCUCAAGCUCUGGCUUAUUGCCAAUGCUGGCGGCAUUAUGACGUCCACUACUUGUUGGUUAAAUCUGCUGUUUGUUAUGUCUCGGUGUGCGCAACUACGUAUGUGCGGCUGCAGCAUGCUCCACAAAGUGCGGUCGUCUACUUAACAUGUCCAUAUGGAAACUUGCUCACCUCUGCCUUCAACACCACCCUGUAAAUGUUUGGGAACCCUGGAGACCACUUUCUGGAGUUCUGAAGGUGAAGUGACUCUUCUCCUACAGAGCCAUGCUGUUUUAAUCCCUGUAGUCAGAAUGUGGUUUGUCAUGGUCUUGCUAAAAUAUAAAAGUCUUCCAUGAAAAAGUCUUUGUCUGAAUGGCAGCAGAUGUUGCUUCUAAACCUGUAGAUAUUUUUCAGCAUUAAUGGAGCCUUCACAGAUGUGGAAGAUACCCAUGACAUGGACUCUGCUGAUCCCCAUACCAUCAGGGAUGAUGGAUUCUGACUGGGGGCUGAGAACAAGGCGGAUGGGUCUUCUUUUGUUUAGAAAGGAAAGCUUGGCAUCCAUGAUUUCCAAAAAGAAUAUUAAAGUUUGAUUUGUCAGACCACAAGUUUCGAGAGUUUCCCACUUUACUUCAGUCAAUCUUAAAUGGCUCCAGGUCCAGAGGAGUUCCUGGCCUUCCUGGAUUCCACCCUGCAUACUUCAGUGAUAAAUGAUAAACUGUGUUCACAGACCGGGGUUUUUGGAAGUGGUUUCUAGCCAUUGCAGUGAUUUCCACUACAGAGUCAGGCCUGUUUUUGAUGCAGUGCUGCUCGAGAGCUCAGAAAUGACAGCCUCUCAGUAUCAGCUUUGAGGUUUUGCCACUUUUGUGCAGAGAUUUUUCUAGAUUCCCUGAAAUAAAAAAAAAUCCCCAAAUACUUUGCAGUUGAAUGUUCAGGGACAUUGAUCUGAAUCUUUUGAACUGUUUGCUCACACAGUCACAGCAGUAUCUGUUAUAAAUUAACCUUGUUAGUUGGGGGAUGGUCCUCUGUCUUUUCUGAACAUUGCACCACUUUUUCAGAGCUCAGAUAUACAGGUUUGAACUUUUUUAAAACAUGUUGCUAACAUCAAAUUUAAAAUGAGCUGUUCAUUUUUUCCUAAUGUGUUUACAUGUUGAGAAGUGAAUGUCCCUGUCCCUGACACAGGUCCCAUUGUUAUUAAAAGACUUGUAGUCCAGACAUUUCAGUCAAAAGAAUAAUGUUCACUACCUUCCAGAGGAUUUUCUCAGAGAUUAUUUUGCUCUCCUGGUGAGGAAACAUAUUUGUCAGUGGGACCUGAGGCAUUACAGAACUUUUCUCACCAAAGAAAACAAGGAUGGGCAGGGGGGUUGCUGAAUGUAUGCUGGUAAAGGAGAAGGGUGGAAAUGUGAAGUGGCGGUCAGGUUUACACGUCCCUCAGAUCAUGUGGGUGUGUGUGAUCGUCAGGGGAUUUAAUGUGAUAGAAACAAAAUCUAUAUCAGCUUUUUUUCCUGUUUAGUGAUAGUGAUUUGAUGAUGAUCAGAGCAGAUAUCCUGAGAUGUGAGUGUGGUGUGUUUUUAGAGCUCGCACACUCAGAAAUAUAGACACGCACACACACACACACACACACACACACCCUUCCCCCAUCAUAGGAAUUUUGUUCCCAGGGCUGCCUGGCAUUCUUCACUGCUGCAUCAUGGGACCUCUGUUCUGCUCUCCCUGUGUGUGUGUGUGUGUGUGUGUGUGUGUGUGUGUGUGUGUGUGUGUGUGUGUGUGUGUGUGUGUGUGUGUGUGUGUGUGUGUGUGUGUGUGUGUGUGUGUGUGUGUGUGUGUGUGUGUGUGUGUGUACAGUCCUGCUGGUUAGAGAUAACAUAUCAAACACUGGGCUGUUGUUGUUGUGGCACUGAGAGAUAAGGCAUCCAUCCAUCUCCCACCUGUUUAUUUUUACCCUCUCUCUCUCUCUCUCUCUCUCUCUCGCUGUCUCUCUCUCACUCUGUCUCUCACUCUGUCUCUCUCUGUCUCUCACUCUGGUCAUUUCUACCUCACUCGCCCUCCCUUGUCCCUCACUCUGUUUUCUCACCCAUGCACUUUCCCUCCCACCUCCUCCCGACAUAUAUCUAUGUGCGCGGGUGUGUAAGGGACCACCCGGUUGCUGACAAAGCUAUUGUCAUGGUUACGCCUGCAAAAUGGGGGGCAGUGAUGAAGUGUUUGUUCCCAGUUUACUUUAAAAAAAAAAAAAAGGACAAAUGGAGAUGUAAACUAUUUUGAUGAUGAAAAACUUGCAGGGUCUUUAACAUAGUUUUACAUGUAUUCAUUCAGUCAUCUGAAAACACUUGAACGUUACCAUCAUCAGUGUGUACACCAGUUACUCAUCCAGAACUCUAACUAGGUCAAACUGGGGGUACAAGCAGUUAAGUCAGUCAGCCAGUUUGUUUAGCUCACCCAGAGUUCAUACCAGUGCAUUUAUGUGAAGAAGGCAGUGUGAGAAACUCAACCAGUUUGAACAGAGUAAAUAAUGAUGGGAACAAAAAUGUGGAAAAGUUGCACAUAAUCCAGACUGAAAUCAACAUGGCUGCAUUUGCAGAACCAAGGAGGGACUGUCGGAUGAAUGAAGUCCAGAGUGAGCAUGAAAAUGAGGACGCAACUUUCCCAUUGUUAAUGUGUAAUCUAUCUGAAAAAAAGUAACUUUGGUUUAUUCCCUCAAACUGAUUCAUUCUUAUGGCUUUUGUAUUCAACGUGUUGUUUUUUAAUGUAAUCUCUCAGCUGCCGUCUUGACAGUAUCAAAGGGAGCGCUACAGAGACAAUACAAAUGAAACUUGCUUCUUUAUCUUGUUUUAUUUUAUUUAUAAUACGAGUGUUUCAUUUGUAAUGCUUCAAGACUUGAAAAAAUACCAAAAGAAAAUCAACACUGUAAAUCACACCGUAUCCACAAAGCGACUGUCUGAUUGGUAGGGAUGGGCAAUAAAUGAUUGUACACAAUUUAUUGUCAGAAAACUCCUUCUCGAUAAAUAUUUGCCAUCUCACGAUGAACGCAAUAAAUGCAAGUUGAUGAUGUAAUCACGAGUGACAGACUUGUAGCCUACACAGAGCAGAAUAACAAACAAUCAAACAUGGCUGAAAGUAAUGAGGAAGAGGUUUCUGAGCAGCUGGUUACUGAACAAGGUUCCACAUGAGGGAUUUCCUUAAAGAUUGGAGUUUAGAUGAGUGCAAUCAGGUUUGCCUCACAUUGGACAGAGGAUCUGCUGCUGUUCACUCUGUGCACCAAGAGUUUUCAACAAAUGCUGAAAGUGUUUUCACAUUUCACUAGUUUCCUCUAUAACCUACCUCUCAAACUUGUGGAUGAGUACCUUUAACUAUGCCAACCGGUGUUCUCCAGACAAAAUAAGUCAAAAACAUAGAUAGGAAUUAUAAUAAUUUUUAUCAUUAUCGCCAGAAUGGCAAAGCUUAUCGUGACCCAUUUUUUGGCCUAUAUCACCCACCCCUACUGAUUGGAUACUCAGAAAACCCCAACACUGACUCCCUGUUAGUAAACACAUGAGCAGUUCGUCAGUUCAUUCAACAUUUUAUCAGUUCAGUCACUAUUGAGGAGAAACAUUACCCAGUCUUCCUCACUCUCUCCACAGGUACAGGUAUCAUGGCUGCCCAGUUUGCUGAACUCCCCUCCUAGACCUGACUGUGAUAAAGAUACACUCACCUUAACAUCCCUGUGCUCAACAUAAACACACACUCACACACGCAAACUCUCUCUCAAGACUUUUAAGUGUGUGUGUGUGUGUGUGAGGGAUGACAACCUCCCACCUGAACGGCCAUGUUGCUGGGGAAGGAGGAGGAGGAGGAGGAGAUGAAGAGCUGAGAGGAGGACAGCAGCACAGGGAAAUGGCCGUCGACUGUCCAGGAGAGCUGGGGAGUCGAACGCUGCCGGCCCGACGUUCCGCACAGCUGGAGCGGAUACGACAGCACCAGGUAUGAGCUCACAGGUCGUGUGUUUUUAAGGCAUAUCAUUCUCUUUGUCGGCCUAAUUUUAAAGUCAAGUUGGUCUUCUUAUUUGAGAGUUUGUGUUAAAAAAGGUUGAAUAUUAGAUGCACUGGAAAAGAUCGCUGGCAGAAUGGUUACUUGGUGAAUGUGUCUGCAAGGCCUUGAGCAAACUUCCAUCAUUUCUGAUAAGAUGCAGAAAAAAAAAUGUAAAAAUGGUGUCUGUAAUUGGUUAAUCGGUUAAUCGGUCAAUAUGAUCAUCAGUGGAAGAGAGAGAAAGGGGGGGCAUCAUUUUUCUACUAUAGUUACACAUAGAUAUAUUAUUUCUGAACCAUCAAAGGGUCGGCCAGCUAAGUUGUAUGAUUUGUCUUAUCUGCGUGUGUGUUUCAGGAGGAUCUUCGGCGUCGUAGGGAGGAGGAGGGUCGACAGCUUGACCUGAAUGCCUCACUCAGACUCAGGAAGCUCUCCCAGAAUCCUCACAUCGGCAUCGACAACCCCACAUUCCUCCAAGACACACCGCAGCAGCAAGUGCUCAGCAGCCAGCACACACACGCACUGCUGGGUAAAACACACGCACACACACACAAAUGUGGAUUAGAGCAUAACUGCAGAUCAUUGGUGUAGUGAAACUCCCAGGGGGAAAGAAAGAAAAGAGAAGGUAGUCGGGAGAAGGGUGGUGGACUUGAAAGAUGGUUUCUAAAUGAAGGAAAAAAGGAGAAAAGGAAAAAGAAAAGUGGCUGGAAGGGCGAGGAAUGUAAGAAAGACAUGUCUGCCAUCAGGGAGGGAAUUCCUCCGAGAGGGAGAGAAGGACACGAGAGGCUCUCCAGGGUGACUUAAUUAAAACUCUGUGAGGGUUGGCAACAAACACAAACAGAAACGCACAAAGUAGAACAAAAAAAUUGACUAGGAAAUGAGCUGCCGUCCACCACACAUAAACUCAAGGCUGAUACAGCUGGAAUUGAACCUUUUCCUCUUUUUUAUUUAUUAUUUGUUCAUAUUUUUGAUCAGAGAAUGGAGGCAGGGGAAGAAAACUGGAAACUCAGGCUGUUUGCUUCCAGGACGGCCGUUCCUGAACACAAAGUCAGACCUGAGCUCUGCCAAUAUGUCUUUUACAUGACACAACUAACAAAAUCAGAUUUUAUAUCACAGUCAUGUCAUAGCAUGCACUCAAGCUCUCAAAAUCAAGUAUGUCCAGAUGAAGCAGCUGAAUCUGAAUCCUAACAGGUAUCAGUGCUGUCAAGUGUUGAAAACAUGGAUGUAGUCCCUGUGAGACUGCCCGUCUUAAAAAGGAUCCGUUUGUUCCAGCUGGGUUCAGGACAGCAUCUCUCUUUUAAAAUUAAACAAAGGAGGCAGGAUGCAGUUAUGUUGUUAUUAAGUUAAUACAGUAACCUUCCCUCUUGUGUUGAUCAAUUUCUAAAAGCAGGAUAAUUCAGCUUGAAAUUGAUGUUAUAAAUGAGCCUGUUUCCUGUGCUGUUCUUGCAGAGUUGGAGGAGUUGCUGCUCUCCCUGAAGCAGGUCCGCAGCUGCCUGACUGACCAGCAGAGUCAGAAUGACGUGGAGCUGGUUCUUGCACUAUUAAACAAGGUAAUAUAAAGAGAUUUCAGUGGAAUUAAGUCCAUACGUCAGCAUGUAAUUGUGGUUUUUUUUUAUGAACUCUCUGACCCUCUGAGGUGAGAGAGGUUCAUGAAGGUGGAGCCAAGAGUCUGAGCUGUGAGAGGAGGACAGAGGCGGCAGAUAUAAUAUUAAAAUAUUCCUGGACUUGAAGCUGCUGAUGGGCAGUCCUGUGUGCUGGUAUUAAAUAUUCUUAUGUUGGAUAUUUUUACGCCCAAAGCUAACAAAUAAUUCAGUGUUUCUCCUGAAACACUGUAGCCCCAUCUCAGGGGACAGACAGCCUCAAAAACGGGAGCCUCUUUAAGAAAUGAGACACUUUAUCUGUAUUUCAGGGGAAGUAACCUCAUUUUAGUUUUGGUGUCUGUCCUCCCUUUCCUCCCCUCAGUUUUCAGUACUUUACAUUUGGAGGCCAAAUUAGAGCUUUUUCUUCAGUGUCUGUGCCUGAUUGGUUAAAAGAGGAACACACACACUGGCUUUUUUUACUCCUCAAUGGUUCCAGAAAUGAUUUUGAGUUUCUCUUCAGACUUCUUUAUUCUACAGACAAGACAGCAGAAAACACAAAGCUGGCUCUUGAAAUCCAAAUGUCUUUAUCUUUGCUGAUGUCCUCACCUUACAAUUGUAUUUUUGGCUUUCUCAGCAUCAUUAUCUUCUUUUUACAUGUUUAGAGUAACUCAUGGACACUAACAUCAGGGUGAAGCUGGCUGGACGCUGGUUUUAUUUUCAGGUUUUUUGUCUCUAUUGUAAGAGGACAGGAAGGUGGACAGAGCAGGAGACAGGGGGCACCGGGGGGACAAACACUCAGGGCUUAUGUUUAUAUUUCUUCGGACGGUAAAACUAAAUGAGCGGCAAACUUGCUGUCACAUACCCGGAAUACUAUCCUGAGACUGUCAGACUGCAGAGGGCUUGGUUGUCUUGCCACUUCAAGUAGGACGACCAAACUUCUAUAAAUCAGCUGAAAGACAAUGUCAGAGCAACAUCAUGUGACUCUUCUGAGGAAGACUGCAGGAAGUUAGCAGUCCAAACAUGUCAAGGUAAAAAGUAAACACUGGUCGAGAUAGAAGUAGUAUUAACAUGAGUUGUGUCCUCUUGAGGGAAAUCUCAGCCUGCUGACUUUUGACAGUGGAAACCAUGAAAACAGGGCUGUUUCUCUUGCUGCUUGGCCGAGACCCCCUCACUCCAGUUUCAGGCAUGAGUCCAAUAAAAACAUCCUCAAACUUGUCACUGACAUAGGGCUGCAUGACUAAUCCAUUUUAAAUCGUAAUUGGAUUAUUUGAUCGUGACGGAUGUUAAAAAAAUUAAAAUUGUCAAAUUGAUUUUCCUCUCUAUCAUGUCUCGCUCCUCCGGCCCACCGUAGGCUCCCCCUUCCUGUGACAGUGCUCCCCAGUUCCAGCACACACCAGUGUAAACAAACAUGGCGUUUGUAAAAGAAGGCGAUAAUUUUGUGGCUAAAAGGAGCAAGAGCAAGUCGGUUGUGUGGAAUUGAUACAGCUUCGCAGUUUCAGAUAAAGAGCACUCCACUCCCACUCCUGCAAAGUCUGUCUGAAGACGGUAUCAACCUGUCCACAUGGAAACAAAUUCAGGAGUAAACGCAAAAGUUUUUUGGUCGUAUUGAAGUUAUAUCAACAUGGAAAUGGCGUUUCGGGUGACUGUAAACAGUACUUUUUUGAAAAUGGGUCGGAGAGUACAUAAAUCCGUAAACAACUACCAUUUUAUCUCUGUGUAGAUGCCUAUCUGCAUCUCUAGAAAUGAUCAUGUGACACACGUAACUCUUUAUGGUGCAUGUGUGUGUCCAGCCAAAACAACCUUUAUACGCAUGCUUUGUACUCUUCUCCUGUAUUUUGUGCAUUUCCUCUGCAGCGUUACAGCGCCACUUACUGGCUCGGCAUAUGUACUACAUUGUUUUCAGUGGUUUCGUUUUGAGAGAUGAUAGAAAAAACUAUUUAUUAAAAUGAAGUUUGGUGAAGUUGUCACUGAAUAAAAAAUAAAAAAUCGAGUUUUCAAAGGAAAACAAAUCUGAAUUUUAUUUUUGGCUCAAAUCGUGCAGCCCUACACUGACAGCUUCCAGAGAACAUCAGGCUUAUUUUGUUUGACCACUUUGUAAACAUGAAAAAGCAGCACCUCACACCUGCACCUACAGGCAGCGUUUAUGAGCUCAGCUAAAGUCCCUCUGUGUUGUGUUUGCUCAGUGGCCUGACAGCAAUUUUCUGUUGGGUGGAUUGGAAACACUGUUUAAAUGACCAUGAUGAGCAGGUGAAGAAGCUGAUGUUUAAGUAGCUCAGUGUUAAUGAUGUGUUUGAACAGACAUGAUGAGACCAAAGCUGCUUUAGCAGGUCAUUUUGAUCAGGUUUAGUCUCUUAUCAUGGUCUGGUAUUAUCUUUUAUACAUCCUCAGGAAACCAACAUGCAUCUGUGUUCAAACUCUAAUCUCCCUCAGCAGCAGUAGCAUCAUCGUUUUCUGACAUGUUUUUCUAGCGGCUCUAAUUCUUGACUCUGUUGUGUUCAGAAAUGUAGUGAUUCAAACUUCAGUUUUGGUUUCAUUAACAGAGAGGCACCAGCUUUUCUUCACUCAGUCAUGGUUGGUUAGUUAUCAAUGCUCAUCCUAACUAGUGCUUUUGUUUCUUUCAAGAGAACUGAGAGAAUUCAAAACAACAAGGUUUUCUGCGAAACACCCAGAGGACACAACCCGAAUGAAGGGUUGUUUGGGAAGAGGAUCACAUUUCCACCGAUAAAAUAAGAUCAUAUUUACAUGAGACUAUAGGUCUGUCAGAUACCCUUUUUUUCUUUGUAUAAACCCUAGCUUGAAUUAUUUAUAAACGAACACAGAAACUUCCAUCCAAGAGGGGGAGAGAUCCUGUCAAAUCUUUCCACGUGGAGGCACUUUUACCUCCUCACUUUAAAAAAACAGGAGUUUGUGUAUAUUUAACAUGUCGCCUUCAGUUGAUUACACUCUCACAAUGUGUCUUCUUGUAGUCUGAUUUUCAGUCAGCGCUGAAGAUCCAUAAUGCAGUGGCCUCCAGCAUGCACCGACCCUCUCCACCGUACCCACAGACACAGCAGGCACUUCAGCUGGCCACAGAGGUAAUACAUGUGUUUUAAUUUCCUCCAUUAUUAAUCUUAAUUUUCAGAACACACUAACACAUACUCCUACAGGUCGGCAUGUCUGUCAUAUGAGGCUGGAGACUGAGCAGCAAUCAGAGCUAAAACAUAACACUGUAUUUCACAUAAACAGAGACUCCUGUCUACAAAGUCUCCUGAAACCACAUUUUUAAAACUCUAAUCUGUCUAAAAAAAAUUGAUAAACUAUCUCUGUGAAGACAGAUUCGAAGUUGUUGAUGCUAAAGCAGUCCAAAUGAAGCUAAUGUGAUGGAUCCCAACAAUCAGUGCUUUAAUUAUUUGUGUGCUUCAGUGUUGUUGGCGAGCUGUCAGAUCUAUUCAUGGCUCAUUUCAGUGGAAUCUCAUUAAAGAGCAGCACAUUAUUUCUGCUCCGUGUUGGCAUCUCCGCCCCCUGCCCUCCAUUUGGCUUUAGAGGGGGAAAACUUUGAUUCAUUCUGAGCGCUCUGAAACAUUUUCUUUGUCUCUGUUGAGCUGAUUGAAAAUAAACCAUAGAAAUAUGAACCGUAAUGAAGGCAGGACGACUUUAAAUGACUCAAAAUAACUGAGCAUAGCUUUAAUUUUGAUUUUAAUUUCUCUUCUGUUAGUUGAGAUUUAAUGAAGUGAGAAGCAGAGACAAAUCAUCUAAAAACGUGUAUUCAUUUCCACCAAUUAUCGCCUCUUUGUCUUAUUCUUACGUGGAAAGACUGAUAAAUUAAAGAAGUUGCACAGAGUAGCUAUAACUAUCAGUCAUGAUAUAUUAAAUAUAUCAUGAUAAAUGUAUAAUAGUAUCAUUUUUGUAUUGAAUGCCUGAAAAGAGUUGUUUUCAGACUGGCUUGUCUUGAUAGGUGUGCAGCAUGCAUUGAAGGGAGUAGAGCAGUGGCUUGCUCCUCAGAGCGCCAUCUGCUGGGUAAAACACCGCAAAUACUCAGUUCAAGUUUUAAAUGACAAAAAACUGUAAUAAAAGUGGGCUUCUAUUCUUAACUUUACAGUAGUAAUAAUAAUAUAUACUAAUAAGACUGCAGGAACAACAAUGUGCGAGAAUGUGCAAAGAAUGUGCAAUGUCUGGUCAUUUCUGCAUUCUGUACAGGUUUAUUUCUUUUGAUCUUUCAUCUCAAUAUGUAAAGAUAUAUAUUUUAAUCAUUUCUUUGUUUUUAUGGAGCUGACUGGAUGUAUCGCAUAAAAAUCCCAUUAUACCUGUACAGCCUUGUGUCCGUGCAAAUGUGCAAUGAACAACUAUUCUAUCCUUAUACACACAGCUGAGGGGCUAGUUAACACUGUAAAGCUGAAAAACUACAUUUACCCCAAAUUUAAACUGUCCUUUUACAGUGAAAAUUCACAUUCUCAUUUUCAUUCACAUGUGUAAGAUUUCAGAUUUCCAGUAGAGAGGCGCAUGUGUGUCAGGGUUUAACUGUGAGGGACUUUUACUUUUUGCAGACUUAAGUGCCCCCUGUAUAAUCCUGAUUUGGUAACCCUUAAAAGUGUGCAUCUGGAACAGGUAAAUCAAGUCCUGGGUUACCUGAUCUUGCAAAUUAUCAAGCUGUAUCAUUUUUAUCUGGAGUUAAAUUUUGAAGAGCAGGUUUUCUUUUCUUCAUUCUUUGAAGUAAAAUCAACUGCUCAGCUCACCAAACCAUGCCAGGGAGACUUUAGGGUUUGAAAAAAUCAUUUUAAGAGUUUUUCUAACGUUUAAAAGUUUUAAACAAACUGGAGGCCUCCUGUAAUGAUGAUGAUGAUGAUGUUUAUGUUGCCAUGGUUUUAGGUCAGGAACCUCAUCCAGCCAGCUCAGAACAAAGAGGGACUUGAACUCCUAAACCUGCUGUCAGACACACACAUCCAGGUACGACACACACAUACACACACACACUCACACUCAUACAUGCACACACACACAGCUGUCUGAGCAAAUAAAUUAAGGGACCCUGUAGUAACUCUGAGUGUGUGUGUUCCUGUUCCUGUGUGUGUGUGUGUGUGUGUGUGUGUGUGUGUGUGUGUGUGUGUGUGUGUGUGUGUGUGUGUGUGUGUGUGUGUGUGUGUGUGUGUGUGUGCGUGCGUGCGUGCGUGUGCGUGCGUGUGUUUGGCAGUCAUUGCUCCUGGCUCAUGACAGCAUAGCAGAGAGGGAGAUGCAGCCUGAGCCGCUGCCCGCCCAAGGAGAAACCCUGACCCAGUGGGGAGGAGAGACUGUCAAGAUAGUUCGCAUAGAGAAGGCCCAGGACAUACCACUGGUAAGACACGCACACACACACACACACACACACACACUCAGGUGCUCCAGUUUCUCCUGGCAGUCAGGUUAGAUUAGCUGAAGACUUAAACACACUUAUAUUUUUGAUGUUCCUGUUUUAAGAUUGAGUUAAAAAGAAAGUUAUUAUAGAGUCAUAUUUCUAUAUUACAUAAAUUUACCUAUCUACUGUAUAUGAGAAUUUAAAGCAUCUCUUAGGGUAACGCCUCUCACUCUGAUUACUGCUGGAGCUGUGAAAGAUUUUAUUUCAUUUGUUGUCUGUGCAGUAGGAAACAAAAACUUCCAGAAAAAAACUUGUUCCUCUAAAUUAAGAAAAUGGUAAGUUAAAACACUGCUCAGAAGAUGAAUUCUUACUCUCUAGCACCUGAUAAGCUCAAAUAUCAACAAACACCAAUGUCACUCCCAUGUUUGAUUGUUGUUUUUUUAUCCGAUAAGAUCCAAACUCCAUGAUUUUAGUGUUCUCUGACUUCAGUUGACAGGGUUCAUUAUUCCUUUUUUUAUUUUUAAUUGUGUCAUUUGUAGUUGUUCAGGGACUGUUGGUAGGUUUUUGCGUCUCUUUGUAGCUGUUUUUGGGUGGUUUUGUGUCCCAUGAAGUUGUACUGGUAUCCUGUUGUUACUGAUUUGGAUUUGUUGUGGUUGUCUGGUGUCCCUCUGAAUUAUUCUUUGGAGAUUUUUGGCUCCUUUGUAGCUGUUUUGCAUCUUUGAGUAGUUUUGAGGUCCUUUUUUAUGUCUAAGCCUCUGUUUUGGGGUGUCCAUCGGUCUUAUUGAAGUUGUUCUGUGUGUCUUAAAACUUUGAUUGGUAUCUCCAUUUUCAGUCUUUGGAUUUCAUCUGGUUCUUAAGCACUCUUCUGUUGUUUUGGUGUCUUGUCUUGUUUGGGUUUUUGUGGUUGCCUAGGCCCUGUUUGGGGUCUAUUUGUAGAUAUUUUGGGUUAUUUUUGGAUCAGUUAUGUGUCUUUGCAGUUGUUGUGCUCCUUGGUAGCUGUUAUUUUCAGGUUGACUAAUGACAUUUUGAAUAUACUCAUUCCUCACAAUAAACUGACGACAUGUGCAGACACUACAGGCUGCCUCAUCAGUGUGACUGCAGUGUCGAGCAAUCUUAAAAUCUCCUUUACUGACAGCAAGUUAAUGAUAAGUGUAUGACGUAUUCUGAUAGGGCGUUAAGUUUAGUACAGGAUAAUAUUACUACAGACAUAACGUCAGUCAUGUUCUUAAAUCUGGAGCAGAGCCUCAUGUUGCAUUUAUCAGUUAAAAAUGUAUCUAAAACAUGUCUCUGGCGGAAAUACCCUCAUAAAUUACAUUUUAAUCUGCCUGAAAUGAUGAUCAUUAUAAUUGAAUUAUAACACUUUGUCAACUGCAAAAACAACAACUAGGUGUUAAUGAGACAGGAGAGAAGGUAGGAUUCCUCAGGAGGUAGGAUGUGACUGUAGCGGAUGCUGCAAAAGUCACAGAGUAAUGUUUACUGAAUAAGAUGAAACAGACUCUGAGGCUUUUAUCACUUUUUCUCUGUUAUAUUAGAUUUUUGGCUUUGUUGUAAUGCAGAGAAUAUGUUAUGUGCAGCAAAUCCAUUGUUCCCCCAUCAUUCUCCUGCCUCUCUGUGUGUGUCCUGCAGGGAGCAACUGUACGUAACGAGAUGGACAGCGUGGUGAUCAGUCGUAUUGUUCGAGGUGGAGCGGCAGAGCGGAGCGGACUUUUAACUGAGGGAGAUGAAAUACUGGAGAUCAACGGGAUCGAAAUCAGAGGGAAAGACGUCAACCAAGUCUUUGAUAUUCUGGUAAGUGAAGGUGGAGUUAGGAUUUAUCUUCAUAUUCAGAACUGUCCUGUUUGAAAGACUGCUUAAAGACUUAAAGACUGUUUUCCUGAAGAAUCACUGGAGCUCUGAGUAAGUCAGGCUAAUAACUGCUCCUCUUCUUCUCCUUCUGUGUGUGUGUGUGUGUGUGUGUGUGUGUGUGUGUGUGUGUGUGUGUGUGUGUGUGUGUGUGUGUGUGUGUGUGUGUGUGUGUGUGUGUGUGUGUUUUAGGCGGACAUGCAUGGCCUUUUGACCUUUGUGCUCAUACCCAGUACUCAGAGCAAACCUCCUCCAGUCAAAGAAAAUGUGGUGAGUUUAGAUUUUUCAUUGACAAUUUGAAAACAUCUUUUUUUUUUCUUUUUUUUCCUGCAGGAAAUAUGAACCCAGUUUUCCCUUGGCUCAUAAAUCAUCCUCCAUGUUGUUUCCUUUUUCUCUUCUCUCCAUCCUUCAGGUUCAUGUGAAAGCACAUUUUGACUACGACCCUUCAGACGAUCCCUACGUGCCAUGUAGAGAGCUCGGUUUGUCUUUUCAGAAAGGAGAUAUUCUCCAUAUCAUCAGCCAGUCAGAUCCAAACUGGUGGCAGGCGUACAGGGACGGGGAUGAGGACAACCAGCCGCUAGCUGGACUGGUACCAGGUAUUGCUGUCUGUCUGUCUGAUUUUUGUGUAGGUGUCGAUUUAUUGUUUGAUGUUUUUGAAAACAGCCGAACUGUUUCUGUCCACAGGGAAAAGUUUCCAGCAGCAGAGAGAGGCCAUGAAACAAACGAUAGAAGAGGAUAAGGAGCCCGAGAAGUCAGGUCAGUGCUUCUGUGACUGUGACUGUGCUGACUGCUUUAAAGGGCUAUUCUGGCGUAAAAUUAAGUUAGGGUCAAACACACCGUAACACAGAGUUAGACAACCCGUGGAGAGAUGAAUGUUGCCAACAGCUUGCUUCUCUAGUUAUACCAACUUUAGAAACGACAGCAUGAUAGCAAUACACAGAGCCAUGUGCUCAACCAAAAUGCCACUCUAUAGCCACAAAUGAUGCUCAUAACAGCACCUAACUUCAUCAACAGUAUAUAUAGGGUCCCAGCCACAGCACUAGCCAUCAAACAUCUUUUUAGCUUUGCCUGAUUUCUUUAGCAAACACAAGAGUAAAGGGAGCAAACACAACUCACCCACUCUCUUCCAGCAGCCGCUUGUUUUUACAGAGACGUUGGGCAAGUCCAUCCACUGCAGCGGGGUGACGCAGCUCAAGGCAGAACAUUUAUGAGCUUUAUUUGUGGCUGUAGAGUGGCUUUUUGGUUGAGGUUUGCGUGUGGAUCCAUAGACUGCUGUAUAUUGCUAUCAUGCGGACAUCACUAAAGUUGGUAUAACUAGAGAAGCAAGCGGUCAGCAACAUUCAUCUCUCGAGGGGGUGUCUAACUGUGUUACAGUGUGUUUGACCCUAACUUAAUUUUAUGCAGGAAUAUCCCUUUUAAAAAGAACACAAAAAUGUGUAGCACACAUGUCCAGUCUUCACAAUGCCAGUGAAAACAGCACCUCUCAUAGGCUGAAAAUCCAGAUGAUCAGAGGUUCAUUCAUCAUACCACAAGCUGUGUGCAGUCAUUGAUGAAAACAAAGACCAUUUACUGACCUGGGGCCGUAUGCACAUUGCUUGGCAAAACGCGUUUAGUGGGCUAAACGCGUUUAACUCCUAAACGCCAAAAAUGUCGGUAUGCACGUCACUUCGUAUAGCCGUUCCUAUACGGAUUUUCGUGUUUAAAGUUAUCGCACCUCUGGGGGUCCAAUAGCGGGUCUAAACGCGUUUAAAUACGGCGGCACUCUUGUUGUUCCAAGGAAGACAGCGGCGACAAUUGCGUCGAAACAGGAUUUUUCGUGACAGAAAACACCCCUUCGACACGUAUGACGACCACGAAGUGUUCCGUAAGUUUAGAUUUCGACGGCACCAUAUUCUCGACCUCACACAGGAGAUUUCCGCUGAAAUUGAACUUUCGAACCGAGGAUUCACCCUCAUUCCACUACAACAAGUCCUCGUAACCUUACGGUACUACGCCACAUCUUCUUUCCAAGACGUGUGUGGGGAGUUGGUAGGAGUGGAUCAGUCGACAGUCAGUCGAACCGUCACUCGAGCGUCACUCGACCCGUUUAAGACACAGUAAACGCGGUUAGCUAUACGGUUCCGUUUACAGCAUUGUGCAUACCAAAAUCGUAUAGGAACUAAACGCGUUUAAGGCCCGUAUAACUAAACGCGUUUAAGCCCUAAUCGCGUUUACGCUAAACGCUUUCAACGUGCAUACGGGCCCUGAUUUUAACAGUAUUUAUGUCAACUUCAGACUUUUCCCUAGGCAUGAAGUGCUAAAUACAGCCGCACAUUUAGUAUGUCUUUCAAAGGGGGAAGUACAACAUUAUUGGUAUCAGCACACAAUAGCUUAGAAAGUGAAUUAUGGGUAUCUCAGUUCUGAAAAUUGCAGGGUGAUGUAUUAACUAUAUGCACAGAUAAAAGCUUUCGCUUGUUGGCUGCAUAGAAACAUUUUGAAGUAUUGGAAACAGACAACAGAGGCAUUACUGGAUGUUCAUAUCUAAAAGAAAUACAUCUAUAAUCUAUGGUAAACUCAGAUAAUGUUUAAUGUCUGGUUCUAAAAUAAAUAUACUGUCUACAGGUUAAAAGGUCUUUUACAAGAGAGCUCUGUGUUCAGUAAAAGAAAAAUAUCUGUAUUCAUAUCAGGAUGAGCUUCAAAAUAUCGGCAUGAUAAAUAUCUGCAAAAAUGUAAUAUUGUGCAUCACUGAUGUUGAAGGACAUAUCUGAUCCGGUGUUUCUUUCCCACAGUGCUUUUAGUGCUAUCUGGUGAAUAAAGUCACUUGAAAAUCUCUUAAGCUGCUCUUGUAGGUCCCUGCAAAAUUAAUUAAUCAUUGAAUACUAUGACAUGACAUGUAAUACAUCAUCUUACAUGAUCUCCCUCUCAUUCUUCUUCUUUGUUUUUGCUCAUGCAGUUUUUUGUACACCUGUAUAUGAGUUCAGAUCUCUUUUGAAAUCUCUUCUUUCAGUCUGUUUUGGACCCUCUUGUGAUAAAAAGUUUAUAUUUCUUUGCUUAUCUUGUCAUGUACAUGCUAAAGUAAUAUUUUUGCUGAUGAAUCUCAUCCUGCCAUCUUUAAACACUCACAUGUGUCAGUCAGUGUGAAGUUUUGCUGUUGACAAUGCAGAUUAAGGAUAAGCUGUUUGAAGUAGUGUAAAGAAGCUUUAGUACAGGCAUGUGUUAAACAGAAAUCCUUCUUUCUGUGCUCACUAAAUUGAGAUGGAAAAUUUCAGGAGCAAAAGGUGUAAUGUUGGUGCAAUCUGAUAGAUGACAAACAAAGAGAGUUUGUCCCAUGCUGCAGGACUUUGAACCUCUGCUGCGCCUCCUCUACUAGUAAAAUAAAAAGUGAACGCACAGCUGUGUGAACCUUGAAGCUCUGCAGUGUGUUGAGAAGAUGUCUGCUUGUUUGCAGGGAAGCUGUGGUGUGCAAAGAAAAACAAGAGGAAGAGAAAGAAGCUGCUUUACAACGCUCACAGAAAUGAUGGUUUGUCUCUUUGUAAAACAACUCCAAAGUUUUUCAUUUGAAUUAGUUUUGAAUUAACUUUUUAUUCCCGACUGUGUGAAUGCACCAUCAUCAUUAUUUUCGUCUGCUCUGCACACCUGUCCUCAUGCUUCUGACUAGUUUUUAUCAUUUAUUCCCCAUUGCCGGCUCAGAUAUGGAAAGUGAUGAGAUUCUCACCUAUGAGGAGAUGGCUCUCUACCACCAGCCGGCCAAUAGAAAGCGACCGAUUGCUCUGAUUGGUCCGAACAGCUGCGGGCAGACAGAGCUCAGACAGAGGCUCCUCAACAACCAACCAGAACGCUUCGCCGGGGCUGUACCUCGUUAGUAUUUAACACUGAAACAGUAAACAAGUGUCAGUGCAUUUGUGGACAUAUUGACCUGUGUGUGUGUGUGUGUGUGUGUGUGUGUGUGUGUGUGUGUGUGUGUGUGUGUGUGUGUGUGUGUGUGUGUGUGUGUGUGUGUGUGUGUGUGUGUGUGUUUUUGACAUAGACACCACACGGAACCGUAGAGAAGGCGAGCUGAGUGGUCGAGAUUACCACUUUGUAUCUCGUCAGACGUUUGAAGCAGAACUGGCAGCAGGUAAAUUCGUGAUAUUUCUCAGUCAAUGUUGGAUUGGUGUGUCUACAGUAUCAGAUUAAUGAGGAAGUUUAUGAGUUUGUUUGCAAAUGUGUAAAAACUUAAUGAUAUCUGAAUGUUCUUAGAGGAGCUGGAAUGACUCUUCAAUCCUUAGCAACUUAAUGACCAAAUCUUAUGGUAUUUCUUCCUUCAGUUUGAAACCAUUCUUUUAGCUCCACACAGAUCUUGCUUCUAACUCAGAGUCAAAUGAGAAUCUUUUCCCUCUCCUUUCUCCAGGGAAGCUGAUCGAGUCUGGCGAAUUUGAGAAGAACCUUUACGGGACGAGUACAGACUCAGUGAGACAAGUCAUUAACACUGGAAAAAUCUGUGUGCUCUGUCUGCACACUCAGGUGAGUACACUGUUCUCACUUGGUAUCAGCCUGCCUUCAGGGUUAGCCUUCUGGGCCCCCAAUCACAUUGAGUUUCAGACCAUCUUCUUCUCAUGUAUGACUUAUUAACAUUUCUCCACUGUACCUCAUGAACACUGCAGCUUUGAUUUUUCUUGUGUUUUUCCAGAGUGUGAAGACAUAGUUUAGUCCUGGUUUUUGUUUGUUUGUAACUAUAUGCACAGAUAAAAGCUUGUUGGCUGCAUAGAAACAUUUUGAAGUAUUGGAAACAGACAACAGAGGCAUUACUGGAUGUUCAUAUCUAAAAGAAAUACAUCUAUAAUCUAUGGUAAACUCAGAUAAUGUUUAAUGUCUGGUUCUAAAAUAAAUAUACUGUCUACAGGUUAAAAGGUCUUUUACAAGAGAGCUCUGUGUUCAGUAAAAGAAAAAUAUCUGUAUUCAUAUCAGGAUGAGCUUCAAAAUAUCGGCAUGAUAAAUAUCUGCAAAAAUGUAAUAUUGUGCAUCACUGAUGUUGAAGGACAUAUCUGAUCCGGUGUUUCUUUCCCACAGUGCUUUUAGUGCUAUCUGGUGAAUAAAGUCACUUGAAAAUCUCUUAAGCUGCUCUUAGUCCUGGUUUUUGUUUUUUUUACAGUUUACUGAACAUUUAUCAGUUCAGGUUGAAAAAUACACAACUUUCUUCUGAAACAAUAAACAUGUAGUCCAAAGCGAGGUCAGAGACCAGCAUGCUACUAUAAAGCCGUAAACAUACAAGAUCUGUGUUGAGCACGUUCCGUCAGUGCCAAGUUUCUGCUUCGUAGAGCAGCGCUGUCUAUUGCACACAGGAUGUGUAUUUGGAGCGUGUCAGCAGCAGCGUAGUGCAGCCCCGGUCAGCUUGGCUCAGUAUAGAGGAAACAACAUGCUCACAACAGGUUAUUUUUCCUUUCUGUGGUCUAUUUCCUGCUAAUUUGGAUAUAUUUCAGUGACUGUUGAGCCUCUGUUGUAUGUGGAAAAGCAAUGUGAUUUUACAGUUUCAUUUUUUGCAGGUUUACUCGAGUUUAAUAAAGUAAACUAUGUUCCUUUAUGCUGUGCUGUUACCUUCAGACAGAGUUAGCAGUUCAAAGUCCUGCUGGGGUCCACAUGGAUCAGGGAUUGACCAUUGGAUCGUUCUGUGUUACUGAUAAAUCCAUAAUCAGCAGCAGAUAAAUUACUCAUCUACAUGAACUGAUACACAUUCAGGAGUUGGCAUAUGGUGUUUUAUUUUGAAAGACCAGAUGACAAGCACAUAUUUUUGUGCUUGACAUCCUGUCUAGAAUGAUCUUCUCUGUGUAGAUUGACGUGUAUUGGAAGCAUAGAGCAGAGAAAAUAGACUUGGUGCAUAUCUUUAGCAGAGCUGCGCUCAACACGCUUCUAAUAUGGAGCUGCGAUGCUUCCUGUGUGCGAUGCUGCAUUGAUUAGAAUGCCAACCUUUUGCUGCGUGAUACGCGACACUGACAGGAUGCGCUCAACACAGAUCAUGGACGUUUUAGCCUUAACUUUAAGCCUAAAAUGAUCCUGCAUACACUUUUCGACCAAUCAGUAGCCAGGGGUUGAGUACACCUUCAGUUAGCCAUGCUGCACUGGUAUAAUCUCGCUGUGACACAUCAGACUGAUCUCUGGGAUGUCCUGUGUCAACAGGCUCUGAAGGUGCUGAGAAGUUCAGACCUGAAGCCUUACAUCAUCUUCAUCGCUCCGCCCUCACAGGAGAGACUCAGAGCCUUAUUGGCUAAAGACAGCAAGAACCCCAAGGUCUGUUUACGCUCGCUCGCUCACACAUAAAUAUUAGUGUUUGCAUCUUAAGGAUGUUUGCCUCAAUGACAGGCCCUUCUGUGUGUGUGUGUGUGUGUGUGUGUGUGUGUGUGUGUGUGUGUGUGUGUGUGUGUGUGUGUGUGUGUGUGUGUGUGUGUGUGUGUGUGUGUGUAUGUUUGUUUGUUUCAGCCCGAGGAGCUGCGUGACAUCAUAGAGAAAGCCCGUGAGAUGGAGCAGAGCUGUGGUCACCUGUUUGACGCUGUCAUCGUGAACACAGACCUGGACAAAGCCUUCAAUGAGCUGCUAAGACUCAUCAACAAACUGGACACUGAACCACAGUGGGUGCCCUGCUCCUGGCUGCGCUAAAAACACACACACAAACACACACACACACACACACACACACAUAAUCACAUUCACACACUUAAACUCACACAGAGACACAUUCACAUAUAGACCAGUCAUAGAGUAGAAACUGGAGAGAUUUAACAAACUGGGACCUGAAAUACAAGGAGAGGAUUACGACAGAGUGUUAGGCCCGGGGUCUAAAUUCAGAAAUAUGUCCAUUCUGCAUAAAUUUAAAGUUAAAAUAUAACUAAACAAGGGCUUAUUUUAAUGCAAGUAUACACAAAGUGACAUAAAACCUAAAACAAUCAGAAAGUUUGAAGUUAAAGUUGUGAUUUUACUGCAUAAAAAAGUCUACAAGUAUCUGAUUUUGACAACAAAGUGCUGUUAUUCUGCAGGUUAAUGAAAUGUGCCUGUUUGUCCUGGAGGUUAAGUCAGUUUUGUUUUAAAUUCCUCCUGUUUUUGCUUCACUCACUGCUCGGCUGCCUUAAAUCCUUUCAGACACUAAAACUGGACUUAACUUUUUUCUAAUUCCAUGAACUUUGUGUUCUUUGCGCUCCAGCUGCCUCAAAUAUGUGUGAUAAUUUAUUCAAACUGUGAUCUUAUUGAGGAAAUAAGGGCCAGGGUUAGUAAAAACUGUAACAAACUUUAAGUUUCUGAUUAUAAAAGUGAAAUUUUGCAGUUUCCACCUAAUUUUACAGCUCCUGUGAGGAGUUUUCAGCCCUAAAAUUACUGCUGGUGUCUCUGUAUGAGCUACAAAAGUAAACAGAUCAUGCACAUCAUGAGUGAGUACUUAUUUACAGUUAUUCUCAAUAUCUGAAGCCCCUGGUAGAGGAUAGGUGUCAGCUGUCAAGCUGCUGAAACAGCCUUUGAUGACAUUUUACUGAUUAUAGGUUAUCAAUAAGUCUUAAUUGAGUGUUGAAAUAAAGCAAAACAAAAUUUUCUCUUUUUUAGAGCAAAACUAAUAAGUUAAUACAGGGAGCCACUUUGUCCAUUGGGGGGGCCAGAAUCAAGGCCAACUGAAGGUUCCUCACAGGAGCUUUAAAUACCCUCCGUUUUACUAUUAGAUUCCAAUAUUUUAUUGUGUUAAUUUUGUUAACCUUAUCUCUUCAUACAUUUCCUCUCAUAAUCAGACUCUGUUGUGCUUCAAUAAAUUGACAGAUGAUUGCAUUGAGACUUUACGCUUGGAAGUGUUUGGAAAUCUUGGAUUUAGACCCUAAUACUCUUUCGUACUGCAGGAAACAAAAACUCAGCAAACAUUCAGCAUCUUUGAGACAGUAUUGACCUGGCGGCACUGGGAAGGAAAUUUGAAUGAACCCUGAACAAACUGAUCUCAGAUGACGCCUAACUUUUGGCGUUGUUCUAUAUUCAAACACUGAUCUCUUUUUUAUUUUCUCCUCACAUUUUGUAGUAUGACCAAACUAUGGACCUUGAACUUUAUCUCUUGAACUUUUUUUUUUUCUGAAAAAUGUUGGGCCUCACCUUCAAUGCAUCCUGUGAUCAUUUCAACUGUUCUGAUUAAAAAUAUUUAAAUUAUUUUUACUUUUUGCAGUGCUGAGAAUCAGUGUAAACAUUUGAUUUUGAAUUCCUUAAUUUUUUUUUUGAAUAACUGUGGCUUGGCCUUGGUCUUAAGCACAAACUUAAGGUGAGGAGUAAAUGUGAAAAUCUCAAACAGACAACAAAUCUAAAACCACACUGAGCCAACUCCUUUACUGCUACGACCAUAUUCUGAAUAUACAGCCACACUGUAUUAGAUGCUGACUUUCCUCUGUACUGAGGAGUGAUUUGAGACCCAAGGGUGCAGCUUUCUGAACCCUGACUGAUUGGUUUGACACCGACAGACCCACCCGUUAAAUUAACACUAUUCACCAUAUUCACACAGCAGCCAUUUUCCUCUGACAUCACGCUUGAGGAGGAGCAUCAAUUGCUUUCAUCAAAUGGAAAAAUCCUGUCCUGCUCUGUUUAAUGUUGCAAAUAGUCUUAACGUCGCUCAAUGCUGAGUCUGAAAAAGUAGGAGAAUUAAAACAGAUUGUGAUGAUAUGCGUACAAUUUACACUCUAUAUUUAAUGGAAAAUGGUGCAAAGACAACAUAUCAGAUGUUUAAACUGAAACUGAAUGGGGGACAAGUCAGGACUUCAGGCACACCAGUUUAUCAGCAGGAUUCUUCUACUAUAGAGCCAUGCUGUUGUAAUCUCUGAAGAAUGUGGUUUGUCAUGGUCUCGCUGAAAUAUGGAGAUUUUGUGUCCAUACAGUGAUUUGCACUAUAGAGUCAUGUCUGUCUGUAGUGCCUGAGGGCCUAAAAAGCAUAGACAUCCAAUACUGGUGUGGUACCAUGUCCUUUUUGUCCAGUUUCUCUGAAUAUUAUAAUGAUAUAUUUACUGAAGAUGUUUAAAUCCCAAAACUCUGUUCUUUUCAAAUUCAAUGUUCAGAAAGUUGUCUGGGCACCUUUUCUAAUCAAAUACAGGGUUUAAAUUGUUACCAAAAGUGUCAAUAUCAGUUUUAUUAGCAUUUUACAGUUAUUUGAAAUUAGAGUUGUAACAUCUACAAAAAUCAUGACCACUGCCAAAGUCAAUAGAUAUCAAAAAUUAGGCUGUUAGAAGGUUUGAUUUCAAGGUAGAUGACUAACUUUUUUCAAGGCUGAGAAAGGAAACUUAAACUGUAGUGCCAAAAACUGCAGUUCCUCAAAUGGCCACACAAGGCUGACUGCAAAAUAAGUCAAUCCCCUUAGAGUACCAUAUGAAAAUGACUUUCCAGCAGAAAUAAAUAUGUUUACAGCUUGGUACAAAAAACUACUAUGGUCUCUGUGUGCAUGAUAUCAGCUCUCAGAUUUAGCAUGGCGAGCAGAAUGGAAUGUUUUAAGCGACAGGUGAAAGCUUCAGUCGUCUGUGCCUUUUGGAAAUUUAAUGGGAAACGUAGAAAAUGUUUUCUCCUCUUCAGGACCUGAUAAAUCUUGUAAUUUUACUUUUUAUAAUCUGUAUUGUGACAUUGUAGUAUCAGCAAAAUCUUUAUUGCAGAUAAACAUUCAGAAAAUUUGUUUCUUUUUAUGCUCAGUCAACCAGAGUGAACCAGCCUCUGUGUAACUUAGUAUUAACAGUGUAACUAAGACCCAUCAGACUUAACUGUCAUAAGUUUGGACGUACAGCCUCAAACAAAGCAGCACAAUGUUUUCAACUUGAUCUCCUGACACUGAGCAUGAGUCAAGAGGACGCAAUAACACUAAAAUUAUGGCCCAGGGCUUGGUUUCUGUUUUCUCCUGACUGAUGAAUGACAGACGAUCCUGUCAGCUGACCCUCUGUCCUGUCUGAUCACACCUAAGUAGAAAUGACCUCUGACCCCCAAGGGGGGAGGGGAUGAUGAAACGGUGAGAGUUGUAGUCUUUAGUCAGCAGGUGAUGCUGAGAUUAUUAUACAUUGUGUGUGUGUGUGUGCGUGUGUGUGUGUGUGUGUGUGUGUGUGUGUGUGUGUGUUUGCAGACAGUGAAGUAUUAUUAUUGUGAGCACUGAAGUAGACCUGACACCAUAUCACUGUUAUCACUGGGUAGAGCAUUUAUAUAUUUGUAAUUUUAAAAAUAGAUUUAUGAAUUCCAGAAUGCACCAAUAGGAUUGCAGGUUUCGACUCCCUUGCCUCCCUGCCAUUGGUCCAGGAGGAGGAGGGGGCGGGGCUAAAUGAAAUUAACUGUAUUGAAUGUAAAGUUAAUUUACACCACCUCCUGUUUAUGAGACAUCACUUUUUCCUGAGAAAAUCUGUUUUUUGUAUGAGUAUUCACAAAGAAUAAAGAAAUAAAUAGAUGAUUGAUAAAAUAA